GCUGCGCAUGCGCCCGGCUGCGGGAGCUGGCGGGGUCUACGGUGAGGCGGGCGGCUCGGCUCGGCCCGGCCCCAUGGCCGCCGUUUUCCUCGUCACGCUCUACGAGUACUCGCCGCUCUUCUACAUCACCGUGGUGUUCGUCUGCUUCCUCGUCACCAGCGGCCUGGUGCUAGGCUGGUUUGGGUUGGGUGUUCCUGUUAUUCUGAGAAACUCAGAAGAAACAGAAUCCAGCACAGGAGUUUUGAAAAAGCGGAUGAGACAAGUGAAGAAUCCUUUUGGGUUAGAAAUCACUCAUCCUGCUACAGCCUCAGUAACAAAGGGUAUAACACUGACACCUGAUUGUCUGGAAGACUGCAUUCUUACAUGCUACUGGGGCUGCAGUGUUCAAAAACUCCACGAAGCGUUGCAGAAACAUGUCUACUGCUUCAGAAUAAAGACUCCUCAGGCAUUAGAGGAUGCUCUGUACAGCGAAUACCUCUAUCGACAACAGUACUUCAUUAAAAAAAAUGACAAGGAAGAAAAAUAUUGUCAGUUACCUGAAGAUGCUCAAGUUGUCGAUUUUGGCCCAGUGCCUCGAUCUCGCUACCCAUUGAUAGCAUUGUUGACGUUAGCUGAUGAAGAAGACAGAGAAGUAUAUGAUAUUAAUUUGGUCCCUAACUUUGUCACUGAUGACUGCAGGGGAACAUGGCAGAAGAGCAAGGAUAAUUGCUAUAUAAAAAUUAUGUAUGGCAUUCAAAGGAUGCUUAUGAUUUUCACAAAGCUCGUAUCUGCAAAGGUCUCUGUGGUUUCAAUGGUGGCUGUAAUUCACAUUCCUGAUGAAAGCUACAGACUUUCCUGCAGGAUACUAUAUCAGUAUCUACUUCUAGCUGAAGGUCAAUACCAUGAUCUGAAGCAACUCUUCAUGUCUGCAAAUAGUACUGCACCGUCUUCAAGCGAUACAUCCCCUGCUGAGAGAAGCACUGACAGAAGCUUGCUAGAAAAGGCUGGACUGGCUGAAGAUGAACCAGAAUUGCAUGAAGAAAACAGUAAAGACUGUGUUGUUUGCCAAAAUGGCACAGUGAACUGGGUACUCCUACCCUGCAGGCACGCAUGCUUGUGUGAUGGCUGCAUUAAGUAUUUUCAGCAGUGUCCAAUGUGUAGGCAGUUUGUUCAAGAAUCUUUUCCACUUUGCAGUAAAAAGGAGCAAGAUGAAGAUGAAUCAACACAUAUCUUGCAAGAUGUUCUUCCUGGAAGAGUCUUUUAAUGGGGAAAAAAUAGAACUACUGGGUUGUAUGCACCAAGAUUAAAUGUAGAAAACAGACUGUUUAUGGGAGGAUAUGUAGCAUUAACUUCUAUGGUUUUGCUUUUUAUUGUUAGGUAAUUUUCAGCUUCCUUGUUUUUCUUUGCUCCAUAUGCUCACAGGAACACUACGCUUAUCCAUGCAAUGUGGACAGGAGAAGUGCGUAGAAUAUCUUUGACGGACAUGAUUUUAUUUAUAACUUCUUACUAGUUUUUUGUGGAGUACUAGUGGAGGCUAUUUUGAUUACUAAAUUUAGUAUAUCUACUAAAAAAAGAAUAAAACUUGCAAGUGAAGUUGCACACAGCUCAUUCUAUAUUUAUUGUAUUUAAAAUACUAGAGCAAUAUAUCAUUUUAACUCAGUAUGAUUUAGAAACACAGCACUUUACAGAAUGUAUCAAAUGAAGGAAAGUAAAUAUUCUUCAUUGUUAAACCCAUGUAUAUUUAUUUUGUAGAUGAAGGCUGGACUGUGGCAGGAGCUGGGAGUUGAAGGUGUGAUUCAGGACACUGUUUCUGGCUGUUUUGAAAGAUUUGCAUGUGUGCGUGCAUGUGUGUUUGUGAGGGACCUUAGCCAAAGCCUGUUGGAAUGAGUGGAAAGAUUUUUUUUUCUUGAUUAUUGUUGGCUUGAACUAAACAUUGCUGACACCUUCAGGCCUGAGCCUCUGCUAUGUCAUCUUGAGACAAGGACUUUCAAUCUUGUUAGCAAUGGCUGUAAGAGCUUGUUCUCCAUGCAAAUGUUAGUUAAUUACUCCGUAGAGUGGUUACUUGGGCAGUUUUGUGGUGCUAUUCUUAUACGAGUAGCCUGCUUUGGGCAAUUUCCAACUCUUUUUUACUUGCGUUGUCAGCUUGGAUGCAAAGUUAACCAUUUACCUUUUAUCAAUAGUCCCAGGGAAUUUACUUAUAAAGAAAGAAGCUAAAGAAGAGCAGAAAAUUAUUUCUUUUUCCCUCCAAUGGUGUAUUGUCAAAAGCAAUAAAAACGGCUGUUGAGAAGAGAAA